AAGUCGCCUCCUGUUCCCCACCUGGGAUCAGAGCUGGCAUAGCUCUCCCGCCUUCCUGGCAGGGCCGAAGCGAGUGGCGAGUCCAGAAAACGGGCCACCGUGCUGUGCUGGAGAGAGCGAAGAGGCGACAACUCACAACAAACUUGUUUGUUCUGGCUCGGUCUCCUGGCCUGGUUGACAUCACAUCCUGAAGGCAGCGAGGACGGCACCUCCACAGGCAGGGUGGGCAGAGCUCUGGAGAAGAGCUGGGAGGCUGGCCGGCCUCUGGCUCACUUGCCGAGCAAGGGAAGGACGACGGAGGUCGCUGGGGAGAAGCGGGGUGGCCAUGGGGCAGUGCGGGCUGUUCCCUGGCUUGGGCGACCUGAGAGAAGCAGCAGCAGCAAGGUUGGGAGAGACCUAACGGCAAGGAAAAGCUGCUGGAUUUGCAGGAGGUGGGAAAAUGGAUGCUUGCCAACAGCCUCAACCUUUGCAAUUCCACAAUGGUUUCUGGUAACUUGGCUGUUUUGCUGGUCCUGCUUAUACCUCUUGAAUUCUGGAGGUCUGGAGGCCUCCUAGUGGCCUCUCCAGGAACUGCUGGCGAGCAUGACUCCUCAAAGCAGGUCCCGAUCCAAGCCCUCCAAACCAUCCUGCUGAGACGCCUGGGCUUGCAACGGCGCCCGGAGCCAAGGGCGGGGCUUGUGGUCCCCCAAUAUCUUCUGGAUCUUUACCAGUUCUGCUUGGGGAAGGCUCCCUCCUCCCUCAAAGAGACAGAGCUUCCCUUCCUGGAGGAACAAGCCGGGAGAGCCAACACCAUCCGCACCUUCCACCAUGUCGAGGACCUGGAAAACACCCCUGAAGCCGUAGAUGGUUCGCUCUACUUCCUGUUCAACCUGACCUUGCUGCCUGUGGAAGAGGAGCUGACCGCCCUGGAGCUGCGCCUGUACCACUCACAGCAGGAAAGCAGGGGUUUCCACAUCAACAUAUACCACGCAAUGGGCCCCCUACCCGUUUCCGGAAACAAGAGCAGUCUCCUCCUGGCUCGCAGAUUCUUGGCUCCCAAGCAGCCCAGGUGGGAGAGCUUUGACGUCACCGCUGCUUUCCAGAGGGCCGAGGGCCAGAGGCACCUUGGGUUUCUCGUUGAGGUGGAGCACCCCAACGGCAGCCAUGAGCUUCCUCAGCACCAGGCUCCGCUUCGCGCAAGGCGGUCUCCCGGAGAGGAGGAGGCCCAGUGGGCUCUAGAAAGGCCUCUGCUGGUCACCUACAGUCACGACCGGAGGGGGCAGCCUUUGACUCGUGGGAAGAGACAAAGCAGGAGCCAGCCGGGUGGGCUAACCCAGAAAGGAGGCCGAAGAGCCCCCAAGGGGCCAGCCUCCCGCAGCAAACGCAAAGGCCUGAAGCCCAAGGCCAAAGCCAGCACAAGGUGCCGGAGACAGCGCCUGUUUGUAGACUUCAAGGAGGUUGGCUGGAACGACUGGAUAGUUGCCCCCAGCGGCUACCACGCUUUCUACUGCUCCGGGGAGUGCCGGUUCCCGCUGGCCGACCACAUGAACUCCUCCAGCCACGCUGUGGUGCAGACCAUGCUGAGCUCGGUGAACUCCAGGGUGCCCAAGCCGUGCUGCGUCCCGACGGACCUCAGCCCCAUCGCUAUGCUCUACCUGGACCAACACGACAUGGUGGUCCUGAAGACGUACCAGGACAUGGUGGUGGAGGGCUGUGGGUGCCGGUAGAAACCACACAGCAGGGAUAAGCCUUCUCUCAGGUAACCCAAGCAGGGGGCUUGGAACCGUCACGAGUAUUUCUUCAGGCAACAUGGAAUUAAUGUAUGGGACUUCCUACCACAAGAGGUGGGGACAGCCAGAAGAUUAGAUGGCUCAGCUAUGAGAUACAUGGGGCAUCUGGGCACAGAGGCAGCAUAUGACUUUACACCAAGCACCAGGGGCAAACAGGCAAAGGCUAUCACCAGCCUGCUGUACGAGACAGAUGUACCUUGCCUCUGAUUCAACAAGGCAGAAUUCUUAUAUUCUUAUCAUGCCUCAUCAACUUCUCUAUACGGAUGAAUAGCUGCUGCUGUUGUUUUAAACUGUGAUGAGCUUUAGUUGAACAAUAAAUGAGAAAGCUACCAAGCCUGUCACAGUGAGCAUCCUUAAGCCAAGGUGAAAACUGUGUGACGGUGUAGUUGCCACUAAAGGCGAAUUCACAUAACCAAAGAGAAUCAGCACCAGAUGUUCCUGAAAAUAUGAUUUGGGAGAGCUGGCUGACUUUUCACACAUUGUUUAUGGGGAACCUGUGGCUCUUCAAACUUGUUGGACAACCAGCUCUCAGGGACCCCAGGCUGCACAGCCAAUGGCCCUACACUUGAAGGACCACAGGCUUCCCUCACUCCUGCUCUAAAAUAGAAGCUCUCCAUCAGAGUGUUUAUCCAGUAGAGGAGAGCAGUGGUUGUCAAUUCUGCUGGAACUGACAUUUUGGGUGAAAAAAUGGCAGUGUGCUCCCAGCAGCUGUUGUGUGAAACAUGUAGCCCUCCCUAACACUUUACAGCAGGGAUGUGGAUUUCAGUCCAAUCUCCAUCAGCUCCAGCCAUCACUGCCACUAGUCAGGAAUGAAGAAGGUGUGCUCCAGCAGCACCUGAAAGGCUGAGGGUUCUCGACCCCUGCAUUAAGAGUCUAAUACCCCUGGGGGUUGUUUCUAAGCAGAGGGGCAUCAUAAACCUCACUGCACCAAAUGUGUGGACAAAAAGGCGGCCAGAGACUGACACAAGAGAGCAGGUGGUCCAUAUCUUAUUGGUGGGGAGUCAGCACUUUCUUCUGACCAGGGUGGAUUUGAUUUAAAUCAAAUCUAUUUAAAUCACUAGUCAGUAAGACUUGGUUUAAAUCAUUUUUUAUUUUUUUACAGAA